AUGGCUAAUUCCUCGAUUGCUCCCCCCAAUGCCCUUCCCGGGAUGAAGAAGGCGGCUCUCCUCGUGGGCUGCAACUACCAGGGCACGGCAAAUGUGCCCCCACUGAGCGGCUGCGUGAACGACGUUGUCCUUGCCAAGACUACACUCGUGCAAUCAUACGGCUUCGACACCAGUAACAUCAAGACGUUGGUUGACGACCCCCAGUCCACGCUGUACUCCAAGGACACCCUGCCAACGAAGACCAACAUCUUGAAGGCCCUGAAAGAUUGGUCACCGGGGCAAAGGCCGGGGACUUGCUCGUGUUUCAUUACAGUGGCCAUGGGGCUCAGCGACAAGACUGCCAUCCUGGUUCCUUCAGACAUCGAGAUUGACAGCAAGACCGGUGUCUUCAACAACUGCUUGUUGGACACCGAAUUCAAGGGAGCUUUUGAUAGCCUGUCCAAGGGCGUCAGCGUGUACCUCAUCCUGGACUGCUGCCACUCUGGCGCAAAAGCCACCCGUGACCUGCCCAGCACCCAGGUCUCUGCACCCGUGAUUCGAUACCUUCCCAACCCCAACCCUUUCAUCGAACACGGGGCAAUGAAGGCCCACAGCGCUGCCCGAGACCUCGCACCCACUGCAGCCCCGACUAUCAGCAACCUUUUCACCGUGACUUCCAGCAAUCAGGAUUCCCCGACUGUGCUCUCGGCCUGCCGCUUUGAGGAGCCUGCACAGGAGUUCAACGCCUACGGCGCCUUCAGCUACUUCCUUUACGGAGAGGCCCCUAAAGCCAGGACCCUCGGGAUUGCGGGCUUGAAGAAGCUUAUCCUGGCUGACCUCCAAGCCAACGGCCGGCCUCAAAUCCCGAACGUGAACUGCAUGAGCGACCGGGUGAAGUCCGCCGUGAGCGCCCUUGCCAGUUCCGUGGGAAACCUUCACUCCGCCCAGAAGGCGGCUGAGUAUCAGGCCCUCAACACCCUGGCCGGUCCCACCGUCACCGCACUUACCGCGCUUGCUGCCGGCGACUGCGCGCUCUUCGACGACGCCCUUACGCUUCUCCCUGAGCACACCCAACUCCGUUCUGCUGCCGUCUGGGUCGCUGAUCCCCUUGUUCCAUCGGGCUUGGCGGCGGACGUCCAGAGCGGACUUGCUGACGUCAUCAAUGACGCGCUGGGCGCGCUCACGCGCAUGCCGGCAGACGAGCGUGGCUUCUUCGACGACCUCUGGAGCACGGUCAAGCCAAUGGCCGCUGGCGCGCUCCAGGGCGCCCUCGGAGGUGUGGGCUCAGGCGCGGCCGGCAUGGCCGCUGGUGCGCUCCAAGGUGCCAUCGGAAUUCGAAGCGUGGUGGGUGGCGGCGGGCGGCCGCGCGGCCUCUUUGACGGUCUUCUGGGAACGGCAAUCCAGAUUUUGGAUGCGGCGACUCGCGAUAUGGCUGGUCCUAAAACGGGAGUCAAAGAGCAGGCCCUUGCCAUUGUUCAGAACUUCGUCGCCGAUCCUGAGGUGAUUUCAGCGGCACAGCAGCUCGCCAACCCUGCGGGAGGCACCCUUUCCUACGAUGCCAAGCGUCGCGGCUACAAGCUCGUUUACAAUCGUGCGGGACCCAAGGCGGCCGCGCUCGUCGCGCUGGCGGCGGGCGACCGCGGGCUUUUCGACUCUCUGAAGAACAUCGGCCUAGCCGCUCUCUCCGGAGCUGUCAAUGGUGCAUUUGGCGGCCGCGACCUGUCUACCGACGAUCCCUACAACCGUGAUCUCUUCGGGGACAUUGUGGGGGCGGGUCUGAGCCUUUUCGCCUCUCGGGACCUGAGUGCGCAUACCGGCAACGGCUUGUACGACGGGCUCCUGACCAACGCCAUCUCCACCUUCGGGGCGCGCGACCUGGGCGAUCCAGCUGUGCGCGCGCAGGCGCUGCGAGUAGUGCAGAAGGUGGCUGGCGACACGCCCGGGGCCUCCGACACCGUCCAGCAGCUGGUCGACAACUCGCUCCUUAUGGGGGCGCCCCGGCGCACCCAGCUGUACCACACUAUAGUCGACACUGCGGGUCCCAAGGUCGCGGCCUUGACCGCGCUUGCGGCCGGCGACCGCGGCUUCUUUGACAGCGUGCUCAGCAUCCUCGUCCCUGUCGCCAACAUUGCUCUCACAGCCGCAAUUGGCGGCCCAGCCCGCGCUCUCGUUGUCGACGGAAUGGACCGCAGCCUUUUUGGUGACGUCUUCGACUUCCUGAAGCCGAUUGCGAUUGGCGCGGUCAACGGCGCGGUCAACAGCGCGCUCAGCCGUGACCUACCGGUCGCAGGCAGCCGGCGCCAGGAGGAGCCGGUCCUCAACACUGCCCUCGCGUUGUUGAGCUCGAAGCGCAGCCAGCUGAGCAGCGACGACCUCAAGAUGCAUGCCCUUGACGUCAUCCGGAAGACAGUUACCGACAGCCAGGCGGUCAAAGCGGCAACCGACCUGAUCUCCACCGGCGCCAACGACACAGCCGCCUACUGCGCUCUCUACGCGCGGGCAGGCCCCUCAGUCACCGCUCUCACAGCCCUCGCGGCCAACAACCGGGGCUUGUUCGACAGCCUCCUGAGCGUGGGAAAGGGAGCGCUCUUGGGAGCAAUGAACGGCGCCCUGUCCGGCAUGUCGCGCGACCUUGAACCCGCCGCGCGCGACCAGCUGACCGCCGUCUUAGGCGGGCCAGGCGCGGCCGCGCUUGAGAACAUCCUCAACGGCGUCACUCUUGGCACCUCACACGUCAGCGACUACGUGAAGGCGCUUGGAGAGCGAUCCCUGGGAGAUGAAGCGACACAGGGAGCCCGCCAGGUGGCCCUAUCAAUGGUGAAAGACGAGCAGACAAAGUCCAAGGUCAGCGACCUGUUCAGCGGGGCAACAGCGGUGGACAAGGUUUCUCUGUACAAGUCCGUACUCGCCUCCAACGGACAGAACGGACUUGACGCUGCGGCUGUCGUCGCGCUUGGUGCCGGCGACAUCGGCCUGUUUGACGCGCUGGUGAACGUCGCCAAACCCACAAGUCCGUCUGUCGCACUGAGCGCCGGCAAAGUGCCGGUCGGUGACAAGCGAGGCUUCUUCUCCGACAUGCUGAAGACGGUUACCCCGUUGGCUAUCGGCGCCGCCCAGGGUGCUUUCCAGGCUGCCGCUCAGAGUGUGCUGAACUCGACGCGAGACCUAGAUGGCAAAGCUACCACCGACUUGGUGCAACAGGCGAAGACAGAGGCAGUCGCGGCCGCUGCCGACUCUCAGGCGGCUGACGUCAUCCAGAAAAUGGUGGACAAGAAGAGCGCAAUCACCCGCGGGCAGAGAGUUGCUGGCUACCAGCUCGUUUACCGCGCAGCCGGCUGCCGCGCGACCGCGCUGACCGCGCUGGCCAUGGGCGACCGCGUUCUCUUCAGCGACAUCUUCGGGGCGUCUACGAGCAAGGUGCAGAAAACGAUUAUCGCGCCGCCUCUGUUCAGGGACAUGACUUUCGGUGACAACAAUCAGACUGUGAACGUUUAG